UGACGCAGGUUCGCCCUCACUCACCAGCCGAGCCCACUGACAGAAAGCAGACACGGAGAGAAGCAGAGGGCUUUCAUGGUUCAUGGAAAUAUGUAGUUAGCUCGCACGGUAUUUCGACAACGGGUAUUUGGAGGCGCUGAACAGUUGCAUGGAAAGUUACCAUGGGUGGCCAUGAUGAUGAUGAUGUGCCAUAUGUUGUGAGUAAACAAAAGCAAGAUGAAGAGCUAAAGAACAAGCUGAACGACAGCAGCAGCCACUGGUGUGACCAGGAGUCCACUGGUAACAAUGCCAAAUGGGUCAAAGAAGGCCAGAACCAGCUGCGGAAAGUAGCUGAGAACCACCAGGACCAGGACCACAACUGCAAUAUAAGCCAGAAUGGGAACAAGGAAGAUUUCCCUCAUCUUAACACCACUCAGGAAGAACAACAGGGAAACGAGGAGCAGAACAAGUCUCCUAAAAUAGCAAGGACCCCUGCUCUCAGUCAGGAGGAGUCCAAGAACAUCCUUAAUGAGCCACUCCUCAUCGACACUCUGGAGUCCACAGAGGAAAAAGAUGGAGAGAGAGAAGAGGAUGGUAAAGAGAAGGAAAAUAAAUCAGAGGAAGACGAGGAGACAACAGGUGAUCCUGGAGAAGAGUCUGUGGUGGAGGAACAGAGUAAUGUGGAGUCUCAGAUAGAGGGCAGUGUUGGUGGGAGAAAUGCCUGCCUCCUCUUCUCCAACAUGAACGGGACACCCAGUGAAGAGGAGACCAGCUGGCCUGCAGUGUCUCAGAAUAACACGGCCGACAGCUCUCCAAAUGGCAACAAAGAGUCCUUCUGGGACUCCAGUGCUUUUGAGACGGACACAGACCUGCCCUCAGGAUGGAUGAGGGUGCGAGAUACAUCUGGCACAUACUACUGGCACAUCCCCACAGGCACCACCCAGUGGGAACCUCCCUCUCCCCUCGGUAAAGUCGGCGACUCCAUGAUGUCCUCCAGUAUGUCCCUGGAGACCACUCCCUGUGACGAGCCCGAGGAAUCCUGGGGUCACCUCUCCGGCACAGAUGAAGCAGCUGGUGAAGAACUGUGGAAAGAGGAGGAGGAGGCAGAAGUUAUGUCUGAUCAAAGUCUAAAAGAGUUUGAAGGAGCAACUCUACGCUAUGCAUCCAUCAACCUGAACUACAAUUGCUCCCAGUCCGAGGAAGAUGAGAAGUUCACUCCACUCUCCACCGAUAUAGAAACUAAGUGUUUUGCGGUGCGUUCACUGGGAUGGGUCGAGAUGUCCGAGGAGGACAUGGCACCCGGCAAGAGCAGCAUUGCUGUCAACAACUGCAUCAGGCAGCUCUCCUAUCACAAACACAACCUCCAUGACGCUGCUGGCAUCUGGGGAGAGGGGAAGGACAUGCUGAUGGUUUUGGAGAAUGACACGAUGAACUUGAUCGACCCGCUGGGCCAAACUCUGCUUCACACUCAGCCCAUCGGCAGUAUCCGUGUUUGGGGUGUAGGCAGAGACAACGGCAGGGAAAGGGAUUUUGCAUAUGUGGCUCGAGACAACUUGACCCAAGUUCUGAAGUGUCAUGUUUUCCGUUGUGACUCGCCUGCCAAGAACAUCGCCACCAGCUUACAUGAGAUGUGCUCAAAGAUAAUGAUGGAGAGAAAAGCAACUAAGCCAGGGUUCGGCAGAUUCGGCUCUGACCGAGAUGCGGUCAUCCCUAUUCAAGAGUUCCCUGUACCUAAAAAUGAACUCUUCCAGCACUUCAGUGUUUACUACCUUGGUUGUAAAAAUGUGGUGAAGCCUGUUGGUAUGGAUGUCAUUAAUGACGCUCUGGAGGUGGAAAUUAAUGGCAAAGACAAAAAUGAUUGGACACCAGUCUCUGUGAAUGUUGCACCAGCCACUCUCACAAUACUUUCAAGACAGGAUGAGGACGUGCUGUACGAGUGCAGGGUGCGUUUCCUGUCUUUUAUGGGCGUGGGCAAGGACGUCCACUCCUUCGCGUUCAUCAUGGCCGAGGGCCCGCGAGACUUCACCUGUCACAUGUUCUGGUGUGAGCCUAACGCUGCCAGUCUGAGUGAGGCUGUGCAGGCGGCCUGCAUGCUCCGCUACCAGAAAUGUUUGGAUGCACGUCCACCCAGCCUGGCCUCCUGCCUGCCCACGCCUCCUGCCGACUCAGUGGCUCGGCGUGUCAAGAAGGGGGUUCAGAGUCUGCUGGGCAGCUUCAAGAGCUACAGGUCGGGUCCUCAAUCACCCUGAGUCGGAGAGAAGACGAUGCAAGGUCCAGUUCCUCACAGGGUCCAUCACUAUAAAAGCCCCCUCUUCACUUUCACAUCUCCUCCUCCUCCUUCUGCCACACUUUCGCCUUAUGACCCCUUUCACUUGUCUAGUGGGUAGUCUAGAAUGUGGAUUUGUUUCAGGGGCAAAUGUGUGUGUGACUGAAAAAAAACAGCAGCAGCAACAACAAACAAACCCCAGGCAUCAUUUUAGUUUCUCUGCUGAGAUUCUUUCAGAGUCUUAACUAUUUUUGUGUUUUAACAGAAACAAUGCGAUGAAUGUUGGAUGUAGAUGUAGUAUAGUUUUACAUGCCAUUGAAAAAGAGGUGGAUAGGUCUCAUGGAAUUAAGGCCUUUGCACAUGAGACAUUUUCUUUAUCCUUGCGUGUGAUUCAUAUUUUUUUUAUUUUUAAUUUUUCUUUAAACCUGUACACAGUCAACAUGAGCUUUCACAUCAGAAACAUUGCAACUUCUAUAUUUGAACUAAUAACUUAAUCCAUUAUGUAGAAGUUUGUAAUCCUUCAAAUGCCAGUAACACAAUCACUUUUGAAUAAUUAUAUUUCAUUUUCAGGCCUUAACAUAAUAAACACAAAAGCACUGCCACCUGCUGGAAAACCAGGAUAACUACUUCUAUGCCAAAUGGAGGAAAAUGGAUCAUUAUGUUAAGUAGUGACAUUUUUUUAACUUUUAGGCCAGGAUAUCGGAAUUAAAGCGUAAUAACUUGGAUUGUCUGCUUUCAUGGUGCCAAAAAUGAAUUACCUGAGGCGGAUGUUUAUGGACUUAAGGUGAAGAAUGCAACUAAUUAGUUUUACACUGUGUAUUUAAGACAAAGCAAAGGAACACGUGUCAAAAUUUAAGUUUUGGCAGACAAAAUGAUUAAGACAAUAAAAGAUUAUGAAGCAUAGGUUGCAUGAAGUUUGGUGUUGGCUGUUUCCAGGUUUUCUUUUCUUUUUGACUUAACACCAGUUCAUGAUCAAUAGAAAUGGCCUCAAACUUUCAAUUCUCGUGAUCUUUAUCCUUAAAGUCAAGCAUCAAAGUGAACCGGAUGUAGUGAAACUUGUGCGCGUGUUUGCGUCGCCACUGAUGUGCAAAGGCCACCGGUCGUGUUUCCUGUUUCCUCCUUCGUGCAAUGAUCAUCUCUGACACUCCUUUUCUACUGUCUACAGAAGGUACUGUAAUACAGCCACAGUCGUAUAGUGUCAAGUAUCUUAACACUGUAUUUUCUAAAACAUCACUGCACCUCUCUCUCUCUGCUGCCGUAGGUCGUAACAGAAGUGCCGCAGGCGCCUCAGUAGUUGUUUGCCACGUAGUCUUAAAACGUCCCCAAACGAUGUAUUUUAGUCUUCCAAAGAAACACGCUACGUCUGUCUGUCACGUAGCGAGCGACCACCUGAUUUGAGCGUCGAGUGUGUUCCUCAUCACGUUUCUGCAUGAACAUUUGCAAGUUCAGUGCUAGUGUGCAAUAAUCAGAUGUUCCCGUAUGCUAUGGUAUGGUUUGAGUGUGUUGCCACUGGAACAGCAGAGCCAUGUGGGGAAAAAAAAAAAUCAUCCUCCUGUUUAAUUAUUGAUAAAAAAAAAAAACUCCGGGUUUUCACACAACAAAAUGACUGAAUAGUACUGUAGAGACUCACCACAGGCUGCAUGUUUUCAUAGCAUAGAGUUGUGGCUGCUUGAGACUCAUCAAUGUAUCCUGUAAAUUAUCUGUGCGUGUGGUCGGAGGAGGCUGGAAGUCCACGUGUUGUUUGAUGUUUACAUAGGCAUGUCACUCUAGUUAGAGUCGGUGUUUAUCACAAGUUAGCAGUAGAGAUUUAGACUUCCUGUCGCCGAAAACACGAGAGCGGUUUGUGUAUAUGACAAAACUAGAGAUGAUUUCUUUCUGCAGUGGUGCACAUUUUUAUUUGUAUUUUUUUUUUUGCCCCCUCAGCCACAUUUUUCUGUGUGGGGGCCCCCACCCCGGCCGCUUCGGUUAAUGUAUUUUUUAUCGUUUCCACACACAACAAUGUAAAAGACUUGAGAAGAUUUACACGUUACUAGCUUGUUAGAGUUACUUUUUUAUAAAGACGAAAUGCAUUCAUUAGGCGAGUUGUACUUUAUCUAUGUCUAUGUGAUCAAUUCUGUCUGUAGCACAAUAGUAAUAGUCAUAUUAAAGAAGCAGUUAGUAAGAUGUUUUGAAAAGAUACAGCAAAAGACACGAAAAAUAGCUACAAAUUAAACUUUUACUGUGUUCGUUUUUUUUAACAACUUAAUUAUGUUAAUGAAUUAAUUCCUCAUACGAUGUUACGAUGUUUCUUUUAGACAUUUUCCCUUUGCGUCUGUUAUUUCUAUGCUUCAAAUGCAUUAUAGUCAAAUCUACAGUGAAACUAUAUUUGGUUUCAGGCAGGGCUCCAGACUAACUUUUUUCAGUAGUUGCACUGGUGCGAGUAGUGUUGCCUUCUUGUCCUUUCCUGUAUAUAUACAUUCAUACUUGAGACAGUAAAUGUUUUUAUUUUAAGUAUACUGCACGUCGUGGUGGGAGUCGAAUCGAAACAAAUCCUUUUCUUUGCCGUUUUCAAAAAGGUCCCCCCUUAGAGACGGCAUUGUUUCAGGAAAUAUCUCUGUCCACACGGAAACCCCCUGCUGUAGUACAUAUACCAGCACUGUGUGGGGCACUGUAACGUUACACCAAAAAAACAGAAGUCGCUUUACACAUUACAGAUAUAAUAAUAACAGAAAUGGUGACAGAAUUCACUGUCUCCACGGAAAUGCAAGGCUGGUGUUUUGAAAUUUUCCCACUCUGGGAGGCGCAUUAAUCUUGAAUUACUAUCUUGUUUGGUCGCGCUUCUCAUGACUGCUGCACACGCUGGAAGCUGUGUACAGUAGUAUCUGCCAAUCAAGAGUCAAAGACCCGCCCCCUUCUCGCGUCAUAAUCCAUGAUUGGGAGUUCGAAUAAGUGCGGACAACACAGGCUUCCUGGACAGGAAUGUUAGGCGCACCAGUGCGACCAACGGGAAAAGAAGUGUAGUCACAAUCCAAAGAUUUACGUACAAGGAAAAUAACGAUUGUAAAUGACUGUGGUUAAU